AUAGACUAAAUAUUGAAGUUUCUGACGGACGCGAAGCCGGGUUUGGCGGCGUUUAUUUGUUUCUACCAUAAUUUUUCAUUCACGAAAGUCAAUACAAACAAAAAAUGGCUUAUAAAGGCCCACCGAAAGUUCAGAAGGUGAUGGUACAGCCCAUCAACCUUAUCUUCCGAUACCUACAGAACCGGAGUCGUGUGCAAAUUUGGCUAUAUGAAAACGUGAAUCUGAGGAUUGAAGGACACAUCGUGGGUUUUGAUGAAUACAUGAAUAUUGUUCUCGACGAAGCUGAAGAAGUCCAUAUGAAAUCGAAAAACAGAAAACAAAUAGGAAGAAUAAUGAUGAAGGGAGACAACAUAACACUCAUACAGAACGUGAACCCCAGCGCGUCAGUGUGAAGUUAGGUUAUAAAUUUGCUAAAAGUGAAGUCAUUCCUAGUAAAUAACAGUUCUAAUUACAUAUGUAUCAGUGAAAUAACUGUAACAGGAUUACUGGUUUUCUCAAUUUCUAAUUAAAUUUAAGAUUUA